CCGACCAUCUGCAAGGUGCGCUGCAGCCAGGAGCGAUGUGUCAACUACUGCGAGCGAGGCAACAUGACCACGCUGUACAGCAGCAGCGAGGGGGGAGGAGGAGGAGGAGGAGGCUCCCAUGGACCGGGCUUCAGAGUCUUCCUCUGUCCUCUGCUCUGUAAGAACGGAGGCGUCUGUCUUCAGAGAGAUCGCUGUCUCUGCCCGCCAAACUUCACCGGGAAGUUCUGCCAGAUCCCCGUCGCCACCGCCGCUGUAGCUGCAGCUGCAGCUGCCUCGCCCUCCUCCACCAAUGAGAUUGUCAAGCCCGCCCUGCUCUCCACCAUGGCAACCAAUCAGGCGCUGACCCGGUCUGAGUUCCUUUUGCCCUUGAAUCAGGAGACGAGGUCUGGAGUUCCUGCCCCCUCCAUGGUGAAGGUCAGAGUGCAGCAUCCCCCUGAGGCCAGCGUGAAGAUCCACCAGGUGCUGAAGGUGUCUGGAUUCAGUCCCACCCUGCGAACACUCUCCUCCUCCUCCUCCUCGGGGUCGGCGGGUGCUCCGGCUCCGGCAGGUGUCAGGGUCCAGGCCCAGACGCUGAGGGGGGACGGCACUUACAACCAACAAUCUGGAUUCAAGUACUGCUUUAGAGAGGUGAAAGACGGACAGUGCAGCUCUCCUCUGCCUGGUCUGAGGAGCAGGGAAAUGUGCUGCAGAGGGAUCGGGAAGGCCUGGGGGAUCACGGACUGCGUCCUCUGUCCUGAUAACUCAGGUCAAAGCAACAGCAGCUGUCCUGCUGGUUUCGAGGGAACCAAUGGAACGCAGUGUGUCGAUGUGAAUGAGUGCCUCCAGCCGGGGCUGUGUGAGAACGGGAUCUGUGUGAACACCAGGGGGAGCUAUAGCUGUGUGUGUAGGGUGGGGUUCAUCCUCGACGCCUCACAUGGAAUCUGCAUCUCCCAGAGUGUGAUAUCAGAGGAGAAGGGUCAGUGUUACCGGGUUCUGGGUUCAGGUCAGGGUCCGUCCUCCUGCUCUUUGCCCAUAGCAAGGAACAUCACCAAGCAGAUCUGCUGCUGCAGCCGAGUCGGCAAAGCCUGGGGAUCCGACUGCCAGAGGUGUCCCUACUUUGGUUCAGUGGCCUUUAAGGAGAUCUGUCCAGCCGGUCCUGGUUAUCACUACUCACCUUCAUCCCUGCAGUUCAACCAGAGAGUCACUGAGCAUCUGGGGACCCGAGGAGCUCAGCUGGUAACCCACAGCAACCAGGAUAUCCAGGGUCCAAGCUCUGGGUCCAGCAGCAGUGGAGCCUCCAGGUCUCAGCAGAAGCCCUUUUCCUCUGGAGGGACUGCUUUUGAAGCGAGUAUUUCAACUAAUUCUGCUUCUGGUCUCGGAUCCAGCGUGGGAACAGCUGGUACCAUAGGUACCCACACCAGACCCAGCCCACCUCAGCCCCAGCCUCAGCCCCAACCUAAUCCUCAACCCCGGCCUCAGCCUCAACCACAGCCUCAGCCCCGGCCUCAGCCCCCAUCCCAGCCUCAGCCCCGUCCUCAUCCUCCACCACAGCCUCAGCCCCGGCCUCAGCCCCCAUCCCAGCCUCAGCCCCGUCCUCAUCCUCCACCACAGCCUCAGCCCCGGCCUCAGCCUCCAUCCCAGCCUCAGCCCCGUCCUCAUCCUCCACCACAGCCUCAGCCCCGGCCUCAGCCCCCAUCCCAGCCUCAGCCCCGUCCUCAGCCUCAACCCCAGCCUCAGCCCCGGCCUCAGCCUCCACCACGCCCGGUGGAUUUUCCCUCCUCCAGGCCUGUUCAACCUGGCAGCAUUGGCACUACAGCCACCCAGGACAAGCCAGAGACUCCAGGCAGAUCAGGGACCCAGCAGAACCGACCCGACCCUGUUCCUUCACAACCAAGACCACAGCCUCCAUCCACUGGGAGUCAAACAGGCGGUCGGACCCCCUCUGUGCCCCGGCCCGAUCAGCCGGCAGUUAGAGGGGACUCUCUGCCCGCUCCGGCCCAGCCGCAGAGCCCCGAGCGUGGGUCGAGGCCCAGCGGAGGAGUCCCUCCUGUGCAGUACAGACCGGCCGUCAGUCCGACGAGCCGAGUCCAGACAGUCAGAGGUGUGUGUGAGAGCAGACCAGGUGUGUGUGGCCGUGGCCGCUGUGUGGAUCAGCCAGGUGGAAAACACACCUGUGUGUGCGAUCAGGGAUACCAGCCCAACUCUCAGCGCACAUACUGUCAAGAUGUGAAUGAGUGUGUGCAGACUCCAGGUGUGUGUUCAGUGGGAGAGUGUGUGAACACCAUGGGGAGCUUCAGGUGUGUGUGUCCAUCUGGAUACAGGAGCAGCAGCCAGCACACCAGCUGCCAAGACAUCGACGAGUGCCUGCAGAAUCCCUGCAGCAACGGUCGCUGUGACAACACACCAGGCAGCUACAGGUGUGUCUGUCGCCUUGGUUACAAGCUCAGCGGCAACACCUGUACAGAUGUGGACGAGUGUGAGGACCCUCUGCAGUGUCCGGGUCAGGAGUGUAUGAACAGUCAGGGCUCGUACCGCUGCGUGUCCUGUCAGCCUGGAUACAGACUGCUCAACAGGCUCUGUACAGAUGUGGAUGAGUGUGCAGAGCUGUCUCAGUGUCCUGGUCAGAUGUGUGUGAACACUGUGGGGUCGUAUCGUUGUGUGUCCUGUCGACCAGGAUACACACUCUCCAACAGACAGUGUGCAGAUGUCAAUGAGUGUGACAACAGUGAGUCUUGUCCUGGUCAGCAGUGUGUGAACACUGAAGGAUCUUACAGCUGUGUGGACUGUCAGCCGGGAUACUACAGUGUGAACAGACAGUGUGAAGAUGUGGAUGAGUGUGCGCAGGCCUCUCAGUGUCCUGGUCAGCAGUGUGUGAACACUGUGGGGUCGUACCGUUGUGUGUCCUGUCAGCCUGGAUACAGCAGCCAGGACGGAUCCUGCAAAGAUGUAGAUGAGUGUGCGAGUGUGGGGGCGUGCGGGGCAGACAGAGUGUGUGUGAACACCGUCGGCUCGUUCAGGUGCGACUGCCGGCCAGGGUAUCGAACCUCCAGCCUGGGGAGACAGUGCAGAGACAUUAAUGAGUGUUUGGAGGGAGAUUUCUGUUUCCCCAGAGGAGAGUGUGUGAACACAGCUGGAUCCUACACAUGUGUGUGUUCUCAGGGAUUCACACUGAGUGACAACAGGACCGCCUGCCUUGAUGUGGACGAGUGUGUGAAGUCGGGUGUGUGUGUGGACGGUCGCUGUGUGAACACUGAAGGCUCCUUCCAGUGCCAGUGUCAAACCGGCUUCACCACCAGCCCAGAGAAGACCGCCUGCCUCGAUGUUGAUGAAUGCGUGUCGUCCGGCGGGUCAGUUUGUGGGUCACAGCGGUGUGAGAAUACGAUUGGUUCGUACCGCUGCCUCACUUCCUGUGAUCCGGGCUACCAGGUCACACAGACCGGCAACUGUGUGGACGUCGAUGAAUGUGCCAAUAAGACGCUGUGUGGGGAACACGCCUCCUGUCAGAACCUGAUAGGAACGUACCUGUGUGUGUGUCACCAGGGCUUCACCUCCACCGCCGAUGGAAAGGCCUGUGAGGAUGAGGACGAGUGUGUGUCUCUGCCUGGUGUGUGUGGUUCUGCUCGCUGUGAGAACGUCGAGGGUUCCUUCAUGUGUGAAUGUGACAGACGAGGAGACGAGUUCGACGCCGGCAGCAGACGGUGUGUCGGCGCUGCGCGAGCAGCAGAGAGUGAGCGCGGCCACGCCCCCUCCUCCUCCUCUCAUCUCAGUGUGGUGGAGUUAGCGCCGGUGCUCCCCCCGCUGCCCGCGGCCCGUCCAGGUGAGCUCAGGGAGUGUUACUACAACCUGGCGGAGCGGGGCACCUGCAGCCUGCUGGCCACCAACACCAGCCACCAGGAGUGCUGCUGCACGGUGGGCGAGGGCUGGGGGCUGGGCUGCCAGUACCACACCUGCCCCCCCACAAACACAGCCGAGUUUCUGUCUCUGUGUCCCAGUGGGAGAGGAUACCUGACUGCUGGACCAGGAGCCUUCAGCUACAGAGAUGUGGACGAGUGUAAACGUUUCCAUCCAGAGGUGUGUAAGAACGGAGUGUGUGUCAACAACAUCCCCGGAUACAACUGCUACUGCUCCAGUGGAUACGUUUACAACAGCACGCUGCUGGAGUGUGUCGAUCAUGAUGAGUGUGAGGAGGAGAGCUGUGUUGGAGGAGUCUGUGUGAACACGGUUGGUUCUUAUUACUGCAGCUGUCCGCCUCCUCUGGUGCUCGACGACACACAACGUAACUGUGUCAACUCCUCCCACCUCACUGUGGAUGAGAACCUGUCGGUCUGCUGGCAGCACGUCACUGCAGACCUGGUCUGUCAGAGUCCUCUGCUGGGAGCUCAGGUCACCUUCAUGGACUGCUGCUGUCUGUACGGGGAUGGCUGGGGGAUGGAGUGCGCCCUCUGUCCCUCAGUAGACUCCGAGGACUACGUCAGCCUGUGCAGCUCAUUUCUCUCUCUGCUUCCGGAGGGUUUUCCAGACUCCACCAGACCAGAAACAGGUGUGAGACCAGGAGCUGGACGAGGAGGAGCGGCUCCUCCGUUCUUCCCCCCCUACAGUCCGGACUCCUUCCCUCCAGCUGCUGUUCCCAGCAGAGACUUCAGUGGUCCGGACUAUGACGAUUACUCUCCAGCAGGGGGCAGCAGGUCCGGCUUCAGAGGGAGGACGCCUGCCACCUUCAGCCUGCCGGACGGAGCCUAUCGCAGGCCGGAGUACAGUGCUGGUUACUACUCUGAAGGAGACUUCGGCCCCUCUGAUGGCUCCCCCCCCAGGCCUCCGUCCUUCCGCCUCCCUGUGGACCCCCGGACCGAGAGGGCGUUCGGGGCCCGUCCUCCUCCCCCGUCCCGGCCUGAGGGGGCUCCUCUCAGCCUGGCCCCGCUGCCCGGUGCGCCCUACCAGGAGCAGGAGGAGGAGGAGGAGGAGGAGGAGGUGGCGUGGAGGCCUGGCCCACCCUUCCCUCCCUUCACUGAGAGGAGCAGGGGGGGAGGAGGAGCACCAAGGAGGGUGUAUGAGAGGCGUUACGAGUCCUACUCCGGCCUGAGCGCAGCAGAGGAUUGUGGGAUACUGCACGGCUGUGAGAACGGCAGGUGUAUUCGUGUUGCCGAGGGAUACACCUGUGACUGUUACCAAGGAUACGAGCUGGACAUGACCUCCAUGACGUGUAUAGAUAUAAACGAGUGUGAGGACGGCGUCCGCGUGGACUUCCCGUGUGUCAACGCUCGCUGUGUGAACACUGACGGCUCGUUCCGCUGCGUCUGCAGGAGAGGAUACGUCAUGUCCCGCAGACCAAACCACUGCGUGGCUGCGUAGGCCAGACCGGACCGGACCGGACCGGACCAGGCUUGAUUAGACCACUCAAAACUAGUCUAGACAAUCAAGACUACACAGUGGCAGACUGGGCUAAACUAGAUCGGGCUAAACUGGCUUGGGCUUUAUUAUAGAACCAGAUUUGGCAAACUGGACUUGACCCGGCUAAGAUGUACCGGAGUAAAGAACUGCACUGAACUGGGUAAAGCUUACACCAGGUCCCUCUCAGUUAAAGCGCAGCCUUGGGGGGGGGUUAGGGGGUCCUGGAGAACAGGACAGGAAGUAAAUGACCAUGACAGACUGGGACCAGGAUCAGUUGGUGGUGUCAUAAAGUGACACCAGCUCAAAAUAACAUUUGAUUUCUGCUCAUUUUCUGUGCGAGGAGAGACGACGACGCUACAGUUUUUACUGUUUUAGGACAAAUUUGUGAAACAUUGAUACGAGAUGAUUGUUCACAGUGUUGUUUGUGGACUGUUGGUUGUUUAUAUGUCUCUUUAUAACCUCUACAUAAAGAGACAUAUAUAAUGUGCUGCUGAGUGUCUACUUCACUUAGAUCAGGGGUCGGCAACCUUUACCACUCAAAGAGCCAUUUGGACCCGUUUCCCACAGUACAGAAAACACUGGGAGCCACAAAACCCCUUUGACGUGUCAAAUAAAAUAAC